AGUGUCCACCCCAUAAUCAAAAAAAUAUAUACACAGAUAACUCGAACAUUCUGAGCAAUAAAAUAAAUACUUUUUUUUUUUAAAGUCCGAAUGACGAUAUAAUCGAUCGUCAGCGCAACACGCAGCACGCACCGGUGUGUGUGUGUGUUAGCUUUAGCUUUAGCCUCACGGGGAUGACUUUUCUAAUUUCCACAUAACCCGCAGCCGCGCGAAAGAUGACCGACUACGCCGAGGAGCAACGGAACGAGCUCGAAGCGAUAGAGUCCAUCUACCCGGACUCGUUCACAGUGCUGUCAGACGAACCCACCGGCUUCACCAUCACUGUAGCGUCAGAUGCAGCGGAAGAUGGUGAAAAUGUGGAGGCGACAUUGAAGUUCACGUACGUGGAGAAAUACCCAGACGAGCCUCCGCUCUGGGAGAUCUACGCCCAGGAGAACCUGGAGGACGGGGACGUGUCGGAGGUCCUCACUCUGCUGCAGCAACAGGCAGAAGAAAACCUUGGCAUGGUGAUGAUCUUCACCCUCGUGACGGCGGUGCAGGAGAAACUCAACGAAAUCGUGGAUUUGAAGAAAAACAGGCAAGAAGAGGAGAAGCGGCAGAAAGAGCUAGAGGCCGAGGAGGCGGAGAAGGUCCUGUUCCAGGGCACAGUGGUGACCAUUGAGAACUUCUUGGCGUGGAAAGCUGUGUUUGAGCUGGACAUGAUGGAGCUGCGGAGGAAAAGACAGAAGGAAGAGGAGCAGGCGGGGAAACCUAAACUCACCGGCAAACAGCUGUUUGAGACAGACCACAACCUGGACACGUCGGACAUCCAGUUCCUGGAAGACGCUGGGAACAAUGUGGAAGUGGACGAGUCACUGUUCCAGGACAUCGAGGACUUGGAUCUGGACGAGGACGACCCGGACUUUGACCCUCUGGGGAUGGACAGCGACGAGGACUGAAAGCGGGAGGACGGAGUUCUGCUGAGGAUUCUUCGCUGGAACAUGAUCGUCUCGCCAGGAGAUCCAACAGCACGAUUCUUUUUUUAUUUUUUAAAAAGACUCUGACAGCAAUUGAGGAAACACACACCUACUAGUGGCAGUUUGUGUUACUGUCGGGACGUCCCCCGGUGACAGGCACAACAUUUGUCCAGAAGAGGGCAGUAAAAUAUCAAGCGUGCCGAGGGAAUGAAAGAUGUGUGUGUAAAGAUGCCAAGUUAUUAGAUUACACUUAACCUCUUGUUUAGGUUAAAGUAAAGAAGUAUUGAUGGCAACAUGUACUUUCAAAAGAUUAAACGCACUCGAAAGAAA